AUGGUAGUGGUGGUGGUGAUGGAGGUGGUGGUGAAAGAGAUGGAGGUGAAGGUGGUGGUGGUGGAGGUGGUGGUGGUGAAAGUGGAGGUGGUGGUUGUGGUAGUGUUGGUGGUGGGGAUGGCAGUUGUGGAGGUGGAGGUGGUGGUAGUAGAGGUUGAGGAGAAGGUGGUGGUUGCGGUGGUGGUGUUGGUGGCGGAGGUAGUGGUGGUGGUAGUGGAGGUGUAUGGAGAGGUGAUGCUUUGUGGUGGUUGUGGUGGUGGGGGCAGUUGCAGUGGCUGUGGUGGUGGUGGUGAGGUUGGUGAAGGUGGUGGUGGUGGAGGUAGAGGUGUCAUUUUUAAAAAUUAA